AUGGGGUCAUCAACUAUCUCUGCCUCAACACUGGAGUCUUCCCUGCAAAAUCCAUCUGAGCCGGAGAUAAACUCGUCGCCACCGCGCAAUUACUUGGCUGAAACGCCGGAAUCUUCCCUGCGCAAUCCAUUUGAGCCAGAUAUAAACUUGCCGCAGCGUAAUUACUUGGCUGAAAGAGUGUUAAAGAGAAGGCUCAUUGAAGAAGCUCAAGAUGAAUCCCUCAUCCACGGCUUGGAACUUCAAGAACACGCAGCAAAGUUCCUUGAAUCCAACGACCUUUGGUUGCUCCAAGAAGCAAUCUAUGAGUCCGACGAAACCAAGAAAGAACCGUUAUCGAAAAUCUUCAGAUCAUUCGAACUUCACUACCCUAAUGCAUUCUCAUUAAAGCUCGUUAACAUCCUCCAACUCCAUCCUACGCGUCUAACACGAGUCGAUAGCUUAGGUUACCUCCUUCAGAUUCUCCAGAGAGGGGAAACGAGUUUCUUGAAUUCAUCUAUCCUGAUCGAACUCAAAAACCCUCUCCUUCAUUCUUUUAAGGAGGAAUCCGAAGAGGAUAUGUUGCCUAGGCUAUGCGAAGCGAUUGGCCUCCUUGUUGACAGGUUGCACCAAUCUUCUCUCGGCGGUUGGGAGGAGCUUCUCCAGUACAUUUAUGAUUGCAUUUCCGGCGUCGCGAAAUUGAACAAUAAGAAAGGGCUUAUGUUAUUAACGGUUUCUUCAGUGAACAGGGAGUUCUGGCUGAAUCAAGGGAACUUCGAUCUUGUCUUCUCGAUAGUUUCAGAAUUGGUUUACUCUAUGGAUCAGGAAUUAAAGGCACUGGCAUACAAUUCAUCGAUUUCAUUGAUAUCAUUGUCGAAGGAUCUUCAGAGAACAAAAGUAUCUGAUUCUCUCUUGCCGAUUUUGUUGAAUACCAUCGAUCAACACGGAGAAGAAGUGGUUCUGAUGAAUAGGAUUGAAAGUUUGUUGGAUUUGGUUACACCGGGCGAUGGAACUAUCUUGAAGGGGAAACAUGGUGAUGUGUUUCGGUGUAUGAUUCGAGUAGCGGAGAUAGAACAUGCAAGCGAGGAACUAGGGUCUCUAGCUGUUUAUGUUAUUAAGGAGCUCUAUGAGGCGAGUAUGAUCAAGAAUCUUUCUCAUGAGGAAUUGAAGAGGGUCCUUGUAGUUGCUAUGAACAUGUUGUUGUGUGUUGUUGAUGAUCCUCUUUGGUAUGAUGUGGACUAUAAGCAUUUUAUUAAUGUUGGGAUGACAGAUGCUUUUUACCGUGGGAGCUUUUUAUUCAACUCACUCAUGUUAGAUAGGGAUGAAGGUGUGUUUAUUCCCACAGCAAUUGAGAUGAUAACAAUAAUAUAUGCAUCGGAUAUUGAUUGGCGGCUUCGUCAUGCAGCAAUGCUUGCCUUUGGUCGGAUUGCAGAGAGAAACAUCAAAGGGGACAUGAUACAGUACUUUGACCAAGUUGCAAGACUGGUCCUUAAGUCACUGGAUGACCGGGACCCCCGGGUACUUUGGGCUACUAUGAAAGCAAUUGAGUCUUUGAGUGAAUAUAAGGAACUAUUAAUGCAUGGUCAAUAUCACAAGAAGUUAUUGGCUAAACUAGUUCCUAUCAUCAGAUGUAACUCUUGUGCUCGUGUACAGUUAUAUGCUGUUAUGGCGAUUCAUUCCUUGGUAAAAAAUUGUGGCUUAGACAAAAUAUCACCUUUUGGGGACUCAAUUAUAGCAUCAUUACUUGCACUUCUUAAGCAUGAAAAGCAGAAGUUACAGGUCGAAGCUAUUGACACCCUGAAAUCAUUUGCAGUUUUAAUGCCGGGAACUUUUCGCCAAAAUCAUUACGAUACGGCAUUGGAAGGAUUGAAAGUCAUUGUGUUUGAUAAGUAUAAUUUAUCUAGAUUCUUGCUCUUUGCCAAAUGUCUAGAAUGCAUGGUAUAUCUUGUUAGGAAAGUUGGGCCAGAUAAUUUUGAAGAGCAAGAAGUUGUUCAAGUCAUGGAAUCUGUAAUAUCAAUUGAAGAAAACUUGAGCAGUACAGAAUACUUAACAAAAUGUUUCAUCUUAAAGGCUCUGAAUCAAAUCUGUAGAUGCCCAAGAGUGAGUAUUGACAAAUAUUUAGAUAAACUUAUGCCAAUGUUGCUUGGAUCCGCUCAACUCCAUCUGGCCUUAACUGUCGAUAAGCUCAAGGAUGAUUAUGAAAAGAAUUUGGUUGAAACUAUGAUAGUUUGGGCAUGUAAUACUUUGUCAUAUUGUGCUGUUCGGUCAUCUAUAAACUUUUUCCCCAACAUAGGCAAGGUCACUGCAUUGUUUACGCGCUUGCUUGGUUGUUCUAGUUUUCAAAUCCGCAAGGCUUCUGUUUUAGGUCUUCCAAACUUAUUACUCUCACUUAAAGUAGGUGAUAAAAAUAUUGAUACUAAAAGUGGUUUGACUUUCUUCAUUGUGAACUCUCUCAUUGAAGUGUUGAAGAAGGAAACUGACAGGGUUUUGUAUGCAAUUGUAUGGAGCUUACUUGUCAAAUGCAUUCAGACCUCUAGUUCAUAUUUCAAUGAUAAAUUGAUCAAGGUUAUUGCUGACGAAAUAGAAGAUACAAUAAGAAUGAUAAUUGAAAUUGAAAUAACAAAAGCACAAGAAGUGGAGACUUCGGAAGGUAGAUGUGAAUCUUUACCAACUGAAGAUAGAAUUCAGGCGGUAGUUCACUUGAUAACGACAACAAUUGACACCUUUAAAGAUCGAUUCAUGCCACAUGUUGAUGACCUCUUGUCAAAUGUUGUCGUGUUUUUGGCCGAUGACAAUUCAGAUAGGCUGGUAGCUUUUGCAAUUUCCAUUUUUAAUGUUAUCUUGCCACUAUUCCCAGACAAAUUGCCUCUGUAUCAUGACAGAUAUAGUUUAGCCUCCUGUUUUGCAUUAAGGAGAGACUAUCCUUGUUCCGAGCUGCAUGCUACACGGGCUAUUGGUAUUUGUGCUAUGUAUGGAGGAGAUCAAUUUAAAGCCUUGGCUAGUGAGGGUAUCUUGGGACUAUACAAUGUCAUGGGUAAAACAAGACAUUGUAUAUUAUGCGAUACCGCAGUUGCAUCUCUUGGAAAAAUCUUUGAAUUUCAUCAUGAAAGUAUCGGCCCUAAGGCGAUUCAAAAAUGGUUAAACUUUUUGCCAUUGAAGCAUGAUUUCAACGAAGCUAGAUAUGCACACGGGCUGCUUUCUAAAUUAAUACAAAGGUCGGAUGAAUACCUAUUUGGAAGUAAUAACGAGAAUCUUGCCAUGAUCAUAUGCAUUGUAAAAGAAAUUUUAUCUGGACCCGACCGCUUGGGAACCGAAGAAUCUAUUAAUCAGAUGAUUGACUUCAUAGAUCAACAUGGUGGAGUGGAAGUCGAAAUAGGAGGUUAA